AUGGAAGUUCUUUGGAGGACUGUAACUUGGAUAUUGUGCGUCACGAUGGCAUCUUUAGAGCUCCGUAGCAGCACCAUUCACUCAAUCAACUCACAAGAGGAGUUCCUGUCGACUCUCGAACACUACGAGAUAGCCAUUCCGGUCCGCGUCGAUCACAACGGAGACUUCCUGAGCUAUAACGUAAAGAGUAGCCACAAGUUGCGGUCGAAGAGGAGCCUGCCCGCGUUUCACCACGAGCCAGCCGAGCAGCAGGUUUUUUACAAAGUCUCCUCGCACGGAUUGCACUUUCUCUUAAACUUGACCUUGCACACCAACCUGGUCGCCGACUAUUUCACCGUGGAGUACUGGAAAAAAGAUGGACUGGAAUGGAGGCACGACUACAUGGACGAAUGCCAUUAUCUGGGACAUUUAAGCGAUCUGGAGGAAGCUACGAAGGUGGCCUUAAGCAAUUGCAAUGGAUUGCACGGAGUAAUAGUUGCAGACGAGGAGGAAUACUUUAUCGAGCCCCUCACUACUGUGGACGAAUUCAGUUACACGGAAGGGAGCCCCCAUGUGGUUUAUAAGCGAUCGUCUCUUCGGAACCAAAACCAGCGCCUUGACAUGCCGUGUGGGGUCCUAGAUGAGAAACCAGGGAAAAGAAGACCUAUGUGGCUGAGGGAUUUUCAGACCUCGCCGGUCACCCUCUCACCUAAUCAAACACUGAGAAACCAGCUGCAGCUCAAAAGAUCAGUCAGUCGAGAACAUUACGUAGAGACUCUAGUCGUGGCAGAUAAGAUGAUGGUGGGUUAUCACGGCCGAAGGGAGAUUGAGCAGUACAUCCUCUCUGUCAUGAAUAUUGUUGCCAAACUUUUCCAAGACUCCAGUAUAGGAAACAUUGUGAAUGUCGUGGUGACUCGGCUGAUCUUACUGACAGAUGACCAGCCGAAUUUGGAAGUCAACCACCAUGCGGGUAAAUCACUCGACAGCUUCUGUAAGUGGCAGAAAUCCAUCCUCUCUCGCAACGGCAAUGGGAACGCCAUUCCCGACAACGGCAUCGCCCACCACGACAACGCCGUACUUCUGACAAGAUAUGACAUCUGUAUCUACAAGAACAAACCCUGUGGAACACUAGGUCUGGCCCCAGUGGGUGGCAUGUGUGAACCGGAAAGAAGCUGCAGUAUCAAUGAGGACAUCGGCCUGGCAACUGCAUUUACAAUCGCUCACGAAAUUGGUCACAAUUUCGGUAUGAAUCAUGACGGAGUGGGAAAUUCCUGUGGUCCAAGAGGCCAGGAAACAGCCAAGUUGAUGGCCGCUCACAUCACUGUGAAAACAAACCCUUUCAUCUGGUCAACCUGCAGCAGGGAUUACAUCACCAGCUUCUUGGAUUCAGGACACGGUAGAUGUCUCAACAACGCACCCCCGAAGCAGGAGUUCUUUUAUCCAACUGUAGCCCCGGGUCAAGCGUACGAGGCUGACGAGCAAUGCCGCUUCCAGUACGGAGUCAAAUCACGCCAGUGUAAAUAUGGGGAUGUGUGCAGCGAGCUGUGGUGUCUGAGCAAAAGCAACCGCUGCAUCACCAACAGCAUUCCUGCGGCAGAGGGCACAAUCUGCCAGUCAAACACUAUUGAAAAAGGGUGGUGCUACAAGAGAGACUGCGUGCCGUUUGGGACCAGACCAGAGGGCGUGGACGGAGCCUGGGGAGCGUGGUCGCCGUGGAGGGAGUGUAGCAGAACGUGUGGAGGGGGCGUCUCAUCUUCUGUCAGACAGUGUGACAAUCCCAGGCCAACUGUUGGGGGGAGAUAUUGUCUCGGAGAGAGGAAACGCUUUCGAUCCUGUAACAUCGACGAUUGUCUGCCGGGCUCUCAAGACUUCCGAGAAAAGCAGUGUGGAGAGUUCGACAGUAUCGCCUUUCGAGGGAAGUUCUACAAUUGGAAACCAUACCGUGGAGGUGGCGUGAAGCCUUGUGCUUUGAACUGUCUGGCCGAGGGCUUCAAUUUCUACACUGAGCGUUCUCCAGCUGUGGUGGAUGGUACUUCAUGCCGUCUGGAUUCACUUGAUAUAUGUGUCAGUGGAGAAUGUAAGCACGUCGGCUGUGAUCACAUUCUGGCCUCCGACGUAAAGGAAGACCGGUGUCGGAUCUGCGGUGGGGACGGCAGCUCUUGCGAAACCGUUGAAGGAAUCUUCAAUGACUCAGUUUCCGAGGGGGAUUAUAUAGAGGUUAUCCAUAUUCCCCGUGGGUCAGUACACAUCGAAAUACGAGAACUAAAUAUAUCCCAGAACUACCUUGCACUGAAAUCCGAGGGUGAGGAAUACUUUAUUAACGGUGGUUGGUCCAUAGACGCGCCACAGAGAUUCGGUGUUGCUGGAACCACCUUUCACUACAGGAGACCUGCUGAUGUGCCAGAGUGCCUGGAAGCCCUGGGACCUACCAACGCUACUCUGGUUAUCAUGGUGUUAGUUCGAGAAGAAAACCAACGUAUACAUUACAAAUUCAACACCCCCAUCACACGCACAAACCGUCAGGGGACAAUAGCUGGCUAUGGGUGGAACUACAGGUUGUGGUCCAAGUGUUCGGCUAUUUGUGCAGGAGGUACCCAGGUCCAGACUAUUGUGUGCCAAAAACUGGAUGAAAACUCUGCCGUUUCAGCCCGUUACUGUGACAGUGAGAACAAGCCGCCUGCAAAACAGCGCGCGUGCAACACUGAGCCAUGUCCCGCCGACUGGGUUCUGGGUGAGUGGUCUGAGUGUAGCAGGAGCUGCAGUGGCGGGCUACGCACUCGGACUGUAAGAUGCAUCCGGAAAGUCUCUGCCUCGGAGGGAAAAGUACUGGACGAUAGUUAUUGUGUGAAUCAGCGGCCCGAGGCGAAGGAAAUCUGCAACAACCACACCUGUCCACCCGAGUGGGUUGCUCUCGAUUGGUCUGAGUGCACUCCAAGUUGUGGACCAGGUAACCGUCACCGUAUUGUUCUGUGCAAGGACAGCGAUCACACUGUGACUUAUCCACCUUCCCGCUGCUCUGCAGCCUUCAAACCUCACAGCCGAAUGCGAUGCAUUCUACAGCGAUGUCCACCCCCUCACUGGGUAGCAGGAGAUUGGAGUCCGUGCUCCGUUCAGUGCGGUCUGGGUCAGCAGAUGCGGGCCGUUCAAUGCUUGACGUACACUGGUAAGCCGUCUAUGGAAUGUCCAGAGUCCCUACGGCCCCCAGCCAUGCAGCAGUGCGAGAGCAGAUGUGAAACUCUUCCCACCGAAAAUCCAGAAGAAUGCAAGGACGUGAACAAAGUUGCCUAUUGCCCACUGGUGCUAAAAUUUAAAUUCUGCAAUAGGCCCUACUUCAGGCAGAUGUGUUGUAGAACUUGCCAAAGACAUUGAUCCUUCGGGGAGAACCUUCAGAGAGGCAAAGGGCUUCACACCAACCAAAGAGGCCGGCCGGACUGCCGUGUGGACGAAAUGUCACUAUUGCAUACUUCGUAAUCAUUUUUUUUUAAAAAAAAAGGAG